UUCGCUUUGAGUUCGGGUUAAAGAGGCUCCCCCGUCCCCCACUUCCUUUAGUUCAGCCUCAGAGGAAGGGAGCAAGUUCUGGGGAGUACAGUUCAGGCGCUCUAACUCUGGCAAGAGGAAGUCACCAAUGAGGCCCAGCUCUGGUCACCAUGGUAACGGGGUCAACUUCCGUCCCCCCUCCCGCCCCUCAUCCCCCCCACCCCGCGUGGUGCACCUUGGCAACCAGAACUGCCACGCGGAAGCAGGUCAGGUCGCAGCUGUUGGGGCGCCUCGGUGAAUUGGACGCUGCCCUCAUUCCGAGGAGAUCACGAAAAUGUACAGUCAGCGAUUUGGUGUCGUCCCGCGGGAGAUAAAGGGGCCCACUCCCAAAGUGGUGAUGGUGAGAGCCAAGCCUCCCAAAGACAAUUGGAGAGAGCGACGUCUGAAAGACAUUCUAAACAACCAAGAGAACUACCAUGCUAUUUUGGCUGCUGUAAAAGAAACAGAACGAGUCCGUUCAAAAGUUGACUGGGAGCAGCACAUGGACAAAGUAUGUGUUAAUCGUCUUGUGAAAUCGAGAGUCCAGGACACCAUGCAAGGCUUUAUCUUCAACACUGAAGAAAGGCGAAAUAAGCUACGUCAACUUUUAGCAUCAGAAGAAAAUGAAUAUUUUGCAGAAAUGCAAUUGAAAGAAGAAACAAUUGAGGAAAGAAAAAAUAAAAUGAAAGAGAAAAUAAGUGUAUUAAGAGGGGAGAAAGAAAGAGAGAGACAGAAUUUCGUAGCUGAGAAGCUAGACCAGCAAUUCAGGGACAACUGUGAGAUGCUUCGCAAUCAGAUGCUGUCUACCCAUCAACAGAAGGUGGCCGAGGAUCGGAGAGCCCAGAUAGCAUUUAAUGAGGAGUUGAAAAGGCAAAAACUUCUAGAAGAGCAGUUAUUCUCCAGGCUCUGGGAGGAAGACCGGUUGGCCAAGGAAAUGCGAAAUGACGAAGAGAAGCAGCGACAGCGAGAGCUGAUGGACAACACACUCCGGAUGCUGAAUGCUCAGGUCGAAAGCAUCCGAGCACAAAGGAUGGCAGCUCAGAGACUGAAGGAGGAAGAGGCACUCCUUGUGGAAAAUGAGAUUACACAGUUAAAGCAUGAGGAUGAAAUAGAAAAGCUAAAGAAACUAAAGGCAAGACAGGAAACUCGGAGCAGCUUACACAAAGCCCUCCAAGAGAAGAUGGAGCGAGUGCAGCAGGAAUUCCAAGAACAACAGGAUCUGGACAUGAAGCUCGUGCAGAAUGCCCUCCGAGACAUAGAGGAAGAGACUGGUCAAAAGAAGCAAAGGAAAGAAGAGAUGAAAAGAGAGCAGAAGCUAUAUAAUCAAUAUCUAGCCCAACGGCACGAGGAAGAAAGAGCUCAUGAGAAAGAACUAGACAAAAUGUUAGAGGAAGAGAAAGAAAAGAAAAUGGCUGAGAAGGAGAGGGAGCUGAGACUCGAAAAGGAGGCAAGGAAACAACUUCUGAACGAGGUCAUGUGUACGAGAAGACUUCAAGUCCAAGAGAAGUUGCAACGAAAAGCAAAAGAACAGGAAGAACUUGCUUUGGAGCAGGAACGCAUAAAUGAAGGUCUUCAAGUACUCAAUCGUGAAGAAAGGGAGAAUUUUUCAAGACACUGCCGUCUCGCCCAAGAGUAUAGGAAGCAACUUCAGAUGCAGAUAAGCUACCAACAGCAAGCCCAGGAAGCCAAGAAGGAAGAGGAGCGCAGAGAGUUUGAAGCAGGGUUGGCAGAACAGAAGAUGUUCGAGGACAAGGUGAAGGAGCUGCUAUGUAUCCAAAAGCUGCCCAAAGCCAUUCACCCCAUGCGGCGGGGAGCACCCUGCUGA